AUGCCGGAAGAUAUUGGAUUGUCCGGUUUAUAUAAGAGCAUUACCCACCUUAUACAACUUAAUGCACAGAUUGUGUCCUCUAUUUAUACAUAUGCUGCCCAUUUAAAACGUGUGCCCCCUGAUAUACUAAUACUCCUUGACGAACUUCGCGCACUCGAAAAGACACUGAUGAUAUUACAACUACGCAAUCUGUUAACGUCGCCAAUAUCGGUUACUAGUGCUAUCCAAUCAAGGUUGCAGCAAUUAAAUGACCUCAACCGGAAAUCCAGUGAAUGCCUCCAGAACCUUACUUCAAGGCUAAAGCCGUUAAAAAGUCCGAGGUUUGCUGGCGUGCUUGGAGGCACGAAGUGGCUGCCGAACAUGAAGGAGGCUCUCUAUGAUCAUGCAUCUGACGUACAAAAACAAAGAAAGUUUUACCUUUCUAUCAUCACUUUCGAUAAAGAAUCUAGACCCAACUCCGAUUCCACAGAGGAUACCUUACCAAGGAUACCUCCAGGGGCUACACUGGGCGAUCUGCGAGUCGAGUCUCCUAUAUUAGAUUCUUUAAACAAGGGGACCACCCAGGACACGGGUGAGGAUGAGAACCUUAAGCAAGUCUUCAGUUGGCUACGCCAUGAUGAUCACCAAAGGCACCUUGAUAUACGCCAACAACGAAUUGCAAAGACUGGCACCUGGAUUUUAAGGGACAUCAUAUUUCAGAAAUGGAGAGAACAGAGGGACUUUCGCUCUAUUGUAAUUGAUCAUCUGCAAUCUCAAGCUUAUGCGAAAAACUUUGGCAUUGCCUACAUUUAUUUCAGCUAUCAGGAUCAGGAGCAGCAAGAUCCCAUAUACGUUCUCGCUAGUUUGACUGAACAACUAUUUCGCCAACACCCAAACAUAUCUAAGAAAAUCGAAAUUAUAAACAACUUGAAUAAGCUAAACACAAAGGGACAAAAACCUUCUAUCAAUAAGUUAUAUACUAUCCUUCUUGAAGCUUCCAGGAACUUCGAUCGAACGUUCAUCGUUUUCGACGCAUUAGAUGAGUGCGACCCAAGUCGGCGGAGGUUUCUUCUUCCCCUAUUCAAACGCAUGGGCGAAGACUGUUUCAGCAUUUUCCUGACCAGCCGGCCUUACGAAGAUAUCAGGGACUCUCUCCGUCUAACAAUGAAAAUCGAGAUAUCGGCUAAUAGGGAAGAUAUUGGAAUGUAUAUCCAACAGAGGAUUGAGGAGGAUCCGAGAGCAAGACUUCUUUUAAAGCAAGGCAAUUUUCGGGAUCAAAUCAUCACUCAUCUUGUCGAUGGUUCCAGAGGAGUGUUCCUAUGGGCAAGGCUCCAGUUGAUGCAUAUCUGUAAACAAACAUCCACCGAAAAGAUACUAUUUACUCUUGAGAAAAUUCUGGACGAGAGAUUUUCUACUCCAGAGAGAUUUUUGGAUCAAAGCUAUGAUAGAGCCAUGAUGAAUAUCUGCAACCAAAGAAAAAGCUCUGUGAAUCUAGCAGCAAAGAUCUUCUCAUGGCUAGCUAGAACACGACGGACACUCACCUUGGAUGAGCUUCGAAUAGCAGUAGCAGUAAAACCGAACACAUAUAGACUCAGUGAGUCUGAUUUACCAGACCGAGCCAAACUACUCGAAGUUUGCGAUAGCUUGGUGACCGUCGGCGAAUACAGCAAUACCGUUCGGCUUACCCAUUACACUGUACUGGAGUAUCUCCUAAGAAAUCCUAUUCUUACUAGCUCGGGGGAUCCUGCAUACGAGUUAGCUUUGACAUGCGCCACAUAUCUCUCAUUCGACAUUUUUCAUCCAAGAGUUUCAUUCAAAGAAGAAAACGAGUCAGUGGCAAGAUUAUUGAUCAAGGAGGACGAUAAAGACAUUUUAGAAAAAGAUGAUCUAGGACAAACAGCACUACAUAUCGCAGCGUCAGAAGGACAUACCGAUAUAGUUCAGCUACUACUUGAUAAGGGAUUAGAUCCUUUAGCCCCCGACAAAGAGGGGAAAACAGCUCUUCACGGGGCCGCAUUUGCAGGUCAUGAAUCGGUGGUCAGAACCCUUCUCGAAUACAAAGGCAAUUUCUUGGCUUUGGAUAUAAAAAGGAAUGAAGCCCUUUGCUGGGCAGUAUCGACGGGAUACCAAGAUAUUGCAAAGGAUAUCAUCGAGAAUACAUCUGCUACUGUUGGCGAUGAAGAAUGGAUAUUAGUCCCAUCACUCGUGGAGGGUAAUGAGGCGAGCGUAGGGGCACUACCAUGGAACCAUGCCGAUGCCCAGAUAAAUAUACAUCAUGAGCCAACAAUUGAGCAGUGUAGGACACUUGCCUUGAUACCCUACGUUGAAAAUAUUAUGCCUACAAACUUCGAAGCUAAUCAUUGGCCACCACAACGUUGGAACGAUCCGGAACGCAGCCUGUCGCCUAGUUUUGUUUCUAGUUACUCGACUCAAUCGUGCUCGACACCUCGUGCUCCGACUCAGACUAGUAGCAGUGUUAAUCUAUACUACAAAAAUGAUGAGGAAGAGUUUUUUAUAACAGAGGAAGAGGACUCGUGCUCUAGCUCAUCUGAGCGCAGCUCAAGCUGGGGCAUCGUACAUUACACAAACGGCAAUAAUGAUAAGGGGAAGCGAAAAGCUGUCGACUCACAAGCAAGCGCCCCUAAACAUGAGAGUGCAUCAUUAGGUGUUCCGAGCAAGGGCCUGGAUGAUGCACUGGGCCGAAAACGAAGAAGGAAGGACGGAGGCUCAGCACCCACGGUCACAACCAGUUUAAACGGCAUCAGCGCAUCCGCACUGUGCAAGGUGGAACGCCCCGAAGGUACACAGAGUUAA